UAUGUGUUUGCCAUCCCCGUUUUAUCGUCUUCUCAGCGAACCAGCCAAGGUUUAAGCGUUCUCUAUCCAAACUCCAAACCAUUGCUUCAAACUGCCUGAUAAUCUUGUAUUCAACCGCCGUUACCAUCUUCGGACGCCUUUAUGGCGUUCUCGAAUUCAUCCCUGUUAUCUUCUUGCUCAGCAGUUCACAGAUUCAAUCCUCUCCUCUUCACUCAACGGCGUCGAAUUCGAGGCAUCACACUUUCUCACUGGCAUUUCAAUCGCCAAAGGCCGAGAUUCUUCGCCGGUGCCGUUGCUGCUGCUUCAGAUAAUGGGGUAUUUACAUCUCCUGAGAUCGCUAAGUCCUUCGACUUUUCUUCCGAGGAGCGAAUAUACAACUGGUGGCAAUCUCAAGGGUAUUUCAAACCAAAUUUUGACAGAGGAAGUGAUCCUUUUGUGAUUUCUAUGCCACCCCCUAAUGUUACUGGUUCACUGCACAUGGGGCAUGCUAUGUUUGUUACUCUGGAGGAUAUUAUGGUUAGAUACCAUCGAAUGAAGGGACGACCUACACUCUGGCUUCCUGGAACUGAUCAUGCUGGUAUUGCAACUCAGUUGGUUGUAGAAAGAAUGCUGGCAUCUGAAGGAAUAAAACGGGUUGAGCUGGGCAGAGAUGAGUUCACAAAUCGAGUUUGGGAGUGGAAAGAAAAGUAUGGUGGAACCAUUACCAAUCAGAUUAAGAGACUUGGUGCUUCUUGUGAUUGGACCAGAGAACAUUUCACCCUUGAUGAGCAGCUAAGUCGGGCUGUGAUUGAGGCAUUUGUUAGGCUUCAUGAGAAAGGCCUAAUUUAUCAAGGAUCUUACAUGGUCAACUGGUCCCCUAACUUACAGACUGCAGUUUCAGACUUGGAAGUUGAAUAUUCUGAAGAACCUGGUACCCUGUAUUACAUCAAAUAUCGUGUUGCUGGAGGCUCAAGGAGCGACUAUUUGACAAUUGCAACAACUCGUCCAGAGACUUUAUUUGGUGAUACAGCUGUUGCAGUGAACCCAGAGGAUGAACGUUACUCUAUGUAUAUUGGAAGGCAGGCUAUUGUACCAAUGACAUUUGGUCGCCAUGUCCCUAUCAUAUCUGAUAAGUAUGUUGAUAAAGACUUUGGAACUGGUGUGUUGAAGAUAAGUCCUGGGCAUGAUCACAAUGACUACCUUCUUGCUCGGAAACUUGGUCUUCCUAUACUUAAUGUGAUGAAUAAGGAUGGUACACUUAAUGAAGUUGCUGGAUUGUAUUGUGGCCUUGAUCGCUUUGAGGCACGAAAAAGGCUAUGGAAAGAACUUGAGGAGACAGGCUUAGCUGUCAAAAAGGAACCACACAUUUUACGGGUUCCCAGAUCACAGCGUGGUGGUGAAAUAAUAGAGCCACUAGUUAGUAAGCAAUGGUUCGUAACCAUGGAGCCCCUAGCUGACAAGGCCCUUAAAGCUGUUGAGAGAGGAGAAUUAACUAUUAUGCCCGAAAGAUUUGAGAAGAUUUACAAUCAUUGGCUAUCAAAUAUCAAAGACUGGUGCAUAAGCAGACAACUGUGGUGGGGACACCGUAUACCAGUCUGGUACAUUGAAGGAAAAGACUGUGAAGAAGAAUAUAUAGUUGCUAGAAGGGCUGAAGAAGCUCUUCAGAAAGCUCGUGAGAAGUAUGGACAAAAUGUUGAGAUAUAUCAAGAUCCAGAUGUUCUUGACACUUGGUUCUCAAGUGCAUUAUGGCCUUUCAGUACAUUGGGAUGGCCAGAUGUUUCGUCAGAGGAUUUCAAGCACUUCUAUCCCACCACAGUACUUGAAACUGGGCAUGACAUAUUGUUCUUUUGGGUGGCACGCAUGGUGAUGAUGGGGAUUGAAUUCACCGGGACUGUUCCUUUUUCGAAUGUUUAUCUGCAUGGACUUAUUCGGGAUUCACAAGGGCGGAAAAUGUCUAAAACGUUGGGAAAUGUCAUAGAUCCAAUUGAUACAAUCAAGGAAUAUGGCACCGAUGCUUUACGUUUCACCCUUGCUUUAGGAACUGCUGGUCAGGAUCUAAAUUUAUCAAUGGAGAGAUUGACAGCUAACAAGGCAUUCACGAACAAAUUAUGGAAUGCUGGCAAAUUUCUGUUGCAGAAUCUGCCAAGUCUAACUGAUACUUCUGCUUGGGAAACUUUGUUGACACAUAAGUUUCAUCAAGAGGAAUCUCUGCUUUGUCUACCUUUACCAGAGUGUUGGGUGGUCUCAAAACUUCAUGUGCUUGUUGACACAGUCACCACAAGUUAUGACAAGUACUUCUUUGGAGAUGUUGGAAGAGAAAUAUAUGAUUUCUUCUGGGGUGAUUUUGCUGAUUGGUAUAUUGAAGCUAGUAAAGCUCGUCUGUACCACUCAGAAGGUCAAUCAGUCGCUUCAAUAUCACAAGCAGUUCUGUUAUAUGUUUUUGAGAAUAUUCUAAAAAUGCUACAUCCAUUCAUGCCAUUUGUUACUGAAGAACUGUGGCAGGCACUCCCAAGUAGGAAAGAGGCUCUUGUUGUAUCAUGUUGGCCACAGACUUCUCUUCCGAGGGAUGCCAACUCAAUAAGAAGAUUUGAAAAUUUACAAGUUCUUAUAAGAGCAAUUCGCAAUGCUCGAGCAGAAUAUUCUGUUGAGCCAUCAAAGCGUAUAUCUGCAUCUAUAGUGGCAAAUUCUGAAGUCAUACAGUAUAUUUCUAAAGAAAAGGAAGUUUUAGCUCUUCUUUCCAGGCUUGAUUUGCAAAAUGUCCAUUUUACAGAUUCUCUACCAGGUGAUGCAAAUCAGUCUGUCCAUCUUGUUGCUGGCGAAUCCUUGGAGGCAUAUCUUCCUCUUGCUGAUAUGGUCGAUAUCUCAGCUGAAGUCCAGCGCCUUACCAAACGCCUCUCCAAGAUGCAAGCAGAGUACAAUGGGCUUGUUGCUCGUCUCAAUUCUCCUAAAUUUGUGGAGAAAGCUCCAGAGGAAAUUGUACGUGGAGUUCAAGAAAAGGCAGCAGAAGCAAAAGACAAAUUAACUCUCACUAAAAACCGAUUAGCUUUCCUCAAAUCAACAGUUUCGGUGUAAAAAUAGGUUCCAGUGAUUUUUAUUUCAUUUUCUGGGAAAUCCACAUUUCCACCAGAUCGCCUGCCCAUGAUCUAAUUCCUGAGAGUAAGCCUUUUGGGUCUCUGCAAAUAUCCUACACAUUUUUGGCGGCAAGUCCUCAUCCAUUUGAACGGCAGGUUUUGCCAUGGAUUCAGCACAAGAUAGAGAGCUGCAUUAUAUCAAAUCUUCCCUGCCUGUCUUGUUUAUUUCAGUUCAUGGUCUCAGGGCCCAAGGACUGUGAACAUGUAUUCUGGGUCAAGCCCUGUAUUUUGUUAUUGUUUCAAGUGAAUCUGCUGAUAGUUGCCAUGGCUAUGCUGAUGCACCCUUAACUUGAAAAUGCAUUUGAUAUGCUAUCUUGAUCUGCUGCCACGGCUUAGCUGGAUAUUCAUUGUAACUAUAUAUAUACUUCGUGUAGUGCCAUUUUGAUUGUUUUCCACUUUGGUCAGUUUGACUUUAUAAAUAGGUUUCUUCCA